CAUUCAAUUUUCAAUUGGUUGAACCAAACUAUACAAAGAGGACAAUGCACAAAACAAGAGUAAAACGACGUCGUUUGAAGAGACAACUGGUGAACAAAUGGGGCCAAGUGGCAAGCCCAACGAACCUACUGACAGCAAAAUCACAACAAUCUGCAUGAUUGAGCCUUUCUGGGCUUUAUCUCUUCUUUAACUUGCCUUGUAUUUUCCUCCUCUAUUGCCCUCUAAGCUACUCAAUCAUCUUCCCCCCAAUUAACCACUAAUUUUGCUAAGCAUCAUUGUCCGCACAUUUUCUCUAUAUAUAUUGCUCCAAACUGUUCUUACUGGAAACCACACAGCCAAAAUGAGAAUCAAUUCUUCCUUUGUCCAAUUAUUUCUCACCCUAGCUCUUCUAUUGGGCCAGGGCAAACCCGACCCGGAUCCGCUUCAGGAUUACUGCGUAGCAGAUACAAAAAUUCCCCAGUCAUUUUACCUCAAUGGUGCACCCUGCAUUAAUCCAGAGCUAGCAGCCUCAUCCCAUUUCACCACAUCUGCCCUAUCCAAGCCAGGCAACCCAAAAGCAAACCCUUUCGGGUUCAACGCCACCCUAACAAACACGCUUAACCUACCCGGGGUCAACACAUUGGGCCUGACCCUGGCCCGGGUUGACAUAGCGGCUAAUGGGAUGGUGCCUCCACAUUUGCACCCAAGGGCUUCAGAAGUCGCAAUCUGCCUCAAAGGGCUCCUUCUUGUGGGCUUUGUGGACAGCUCCAACCGUGUGUUUACCCAGCAACUAAAGCCUGGUGAGUCAUAUGUGUUCCCAAAGGGCCUCAUUCAUUUUGUGUACAACUACGACUCCGUGAACCGAGCACUGGUCUUGGCCGGGUUCAGUAGCCAGAACCCUGGUGUACAGAUUGUUUCACUUGCCACCUUCACUUCAAAGCCUUCAAUCCCAGUUGAGAUAUUGAAGAAAGCUUUUCAAAUUAGUGACCUGGAUGUUGACAGGAUUCGAAGGAACUUGGGAGGUUGAAUUAUUAUAUAUUGUACAUGUUGCGUUUGCAUAUAUGGCUGCGAGGAAAGUGGAAAGUGGAAAGUGGAAAGUUUAGCUUAGGUUUUCACAUAAAUACACAUGCCAACGGUCACAUAUAUGCCUACUAUAUAA